UUAAUAAAAAAUGAUAAUAGAAAUGGAAAUUUUGUAUUAAAAAAAAAAAGUAAGAGAAAGAGAGUUAAAACUCCGGUCUAAGGAACAACACUACACGAGGAGGAACAGCAUUAUUUCUUGAAACCUUCAAGGCCAAACUCCCAAGUCUCCCAAGGGACAAGUCUGUCAUUUUACUUUCACAAAAUCUCUGUGUUUUUUUUUUAAUCGAAUAUACGCAAGGAAUACGAAGUAAACACAUAAAAACGGAUUUUUAGUCAUUUUAAGACUUGUUGAUUUCUUUGUUUUGUUAGGUGCUUCACUGUUUUUAAUGGGUAUUCAUUUUUGUCUCCUGCCCCUCUGUUUUUGUUUUCUUCCCCCCCCCCAUUGACAUGUUUUUCACAUAGCACCAAAACCCAGCACUGAAAAAGGCAACCACAAACAGCUGACAAAGAGAAAGUAAAGGAGAGUUGCACCAUUGAAAGAUCAUUCAAAGAAAUGGGUUGAGAAUCGAAAAUGCCAAACCCCAGCAGCUAAUAAUCAAAACCCAGAAUUCAUUUCGUCUUUUUGUUAUACAGAUUCUAUGGUUACUUGUGAGGCAAUAGUUACCAGUAAUUACUUGCUUUGUUUCAUAUGUAUUUGGACCGUUGGAUUCUCUUGAUCAGGAAUUAAGCACGGGUACUGACUGUGACAUUUGAAGACUUGCAUAUUGUUUCUUAAAAUCGAAAAUGGUUGCUUUGUUUUCAUAAAAAAAACUGGUUUUCUUCUGAUCCAUCACCUCGUUUUUGGAAUCAAGAGUUGUAAACCGUAAUCUGUGGUUGGAAUAAGGAGGUGGUGGUGUUGAGUACUUAAGCCAUGGCAACUGUGAAGCACGCGGAUUCUAAAGGCAUGUAUUCAUGGUGGUGGAACAGCCACAUAAGCCCUAAAAAUUCAAAAUGGCUUCAGGAGAAUCUCACAGACAUGGAUGCUAAAGUCAAGCAAAUGAUCAAACUCAUUGAAGAAGAUGCUGAUUCCUUUGCUAGGCGAGCAGAGAUGUAUUACAAGAAACGCCCAGAGUUAAUGAAAUUGGUAGAAGAGUUUUAUCGUGCAUACCGUGCAUUGGCUGAAAGAUAUGAUCAUGCUACCGGGGUGCUUCGUCAGGCUCAUCAGACCAUGACAGAAGCAUUUCCAAAUCAAGUUCCCAUCGCAUUUGCAGAUGACUCACCUGGAGGUUCUGCUACUGAGGUUUACCCCCGAACACCUGAGAUGCCACCACCAGUAAGGGCACUAUUGGAGCCUGACGAGCUGCAGAAGGGUGCUUUGGGACUCUCUUCACAUGCUAUCAAGAGGAAUGGAGCUUUCACAGAAGGAUCCGAAUCUGUAACAAACAGGAAGGGUCUGAAACAAUUCCAUGACUUGUUUGGUUCUGAAGAAUCUACAAACCGUGUGAAGUUUAUGGAAGGUAGGGCAAGAAAAGGCCUUAACUUUCAUGAUAGCGGGGAGAAAAAACAAAGUCUCCCAAACAAUGGGGGCCCUGAUCUUAGGGCUCGAGUCCCUUCCGAAUCUGAGAGAGUGACUAAAGCUGAAAUGGAAAUUUCCACCUUGAAGAAUGCUCUUUCUAAAUUAGAAGCUGAAAAAGAAGCUGGCCUACUAGAGUACCAGCAGAGUUUGGAGAGAUUGUCUAGUCUAGAGAGAGAAGCCUCUCAUGCACAAGAAGAUUCCUGGGGACUUAAUGAACGAGUAAGUCAAGCUGAAGCUGAAGUUCAGACUUUGAAGGAUGCCCUCACCAAAGCAGAGGCUGAAAGGGACGCAAAUCUUGUUCAAUACCAACAGUGCUUGGAAAAAGUAAAUAAUCUUGAGAAUAGUAUUUCUCAUGUGCAAAAGGAUGCUGGAGAACUGAAUCAGCGAGCUAGUAAAGCUGAAACUGAAGCCCAAGCCUUAAAGCAGGAUAUUGCCCGAGUAGAAGCUGAAAAGGAGGAUGCUCUUGCCCGUUACAAGCAGUGUUCAGAGACAAUAAUCAAUCUGGAAGAAAAGUUAUUGAAUGCUGAACAAAGUUUCAGAAGGAUGACUGAACGAGCAGAGAAAGCUGAAAGUGAACUUGAAACUUUAAAACAAGUAGUUUUUGAGCUCACCAAAGAUAAGGAAGUAGCUGAGCUUCAGUACCAGCGGUGCUUAGAGACAAUUUCUAGCCUGGAACACAAACUUGCUUGUGCUCAGGAGGAGGCUCAAAGGCUCAACAGUAAGAUAGAUGAUGGGGCUGCAAGCUUAAAAGGUGCUGAAGAAAGGUGUAGUCUGUUGGAGAGGACCAAUCAGAGUCUGCAUACUGAAUUGGAGUCUUUGGUGCAGAAGGUGGGGGAUCAAAGUCAAGAACUAACAGAGAAGCAGAGGGAGUUGGGGGGACUUUGGACUUCCCUACAAGAGGAGCGCUUGAGGUUCAUGGAGGCUGAAACAGCAUUUCAAACUCUUCAGCAUCUGCACUCUCUAUCUCAAGAAGAACUCAGAUCACUGGCGAUGGAGCUUGAGAAUAGGGCUCAAAUCUUACAGGUCACUGAAACUUGUAAGCGGAAUUUAGAGGAAGAACUACAGAGGGUCAAGGAGGAGAACAAGGGCCUGAAUGAACUCAAUUUAAGUUCAGUAAUGUCCAUCAAGAAUUUGCAAGAUGAGAUCUUAAGCUUAAGGGAGGCUAUAGCUAAACUUGAAGCAGAAGUUGCACUUAGAGUGGAUCAAAGAAAUGCACUUCAGCAAGAAAUUUACUGUUUGAAAGAGGAACUCAAUGCCUUUAGCAAGAGACACCAAGAUAUGACAGGGCACUUGGAGUCAGUUGGCUUAAAUCCAGAAACCUUUGCAUCAACUGUGAAGGAAUUACAGGAUGAGAACACAGAGCUAAAAUAUGCCUGUGAAAGAGACAGAAAUGAAAAGGUGGAUCUCCUAGGGAAGUUGAAAACAAUGGAGAAACUUAUUGAGAAAAAUGCCCUUUUAGAGAAUUCAUUGUCAGAUUUGAAUGUCAUGCUAGAAAGCGUUCAUGGGAGAGUAAAGGCAUUGGAAGAAUCCUGUCAAUCUCUUUUGACAGAGAAAUCCACACUUGCUGCUGAGAAGGACGCACUUAUCUCUCGGUUACAGAUUGCAACUGAGAAUCUGGGGAAGCUUUCAGAGAAGAAUAACGUGCUGGAGAAUUCCCUUUUUGAUGCACAUGCUGAACUUGGAGGAUUGAGGGUAAAGGUAAUGAGCUUAGAAAACUCAUGCCUGCUGCUUGGUGAUGAGAAGUCUGCCCUGAUAAGACAAAGAGAAGGCUUGAUUUCUGAGUUGAGUAUCAGUCAGGAAAGGUUGGAAGAUUCGGAAAAAAGAUAUCAGGGUUUAGAAGAAAAAUACAUGGGCCUGGAGAAAGAGAGAGAAUUAACACUUAGUGAAGUAGAAGAGCUACAAAAGUCACUAGAUGUGGAAAAGCAAGAAUAUGCCAGUUUCAUGCAGUUGAAUGAAACCCGAGUUACUGCUAUGGAAUCUCAGAUCAGUUUUCUACAAGGGGAAAGUCUGUGCAGAAAGAAAGAAUAUGAAGAGGAACUGGACAGGUCCAUGAAUGCUCAUGUAGAAACCUUCAUCUUGCAGAAAUGUGCACAAGAUAUGGAAGAGAAGAAUUUAUCCCUAUUGUUUGAGUGUAGGAAACUCCUGGAAGCCUCCAAUUUUUCUGAAAAACUUAUCUCUGAAUUGGAGCUCAGAAAUUCCAAAAAAGAGAUGGAGAUAAAAUCCUUAUUUGAUCGAAUUACUAUACUGAGGAUGGGGCUUUAUCAAAUGCUGAAGGCUCUUGAAAUUGAUGUCCAUGGUUAUGAUGAUAAGAUCAAACAAGACCAAUUAGUCCUUGACUGUAUAUUUGGAGGGAUCCAAAAGAUGAAGAACUCACAUUUAAAGUCUCUGGAUGAUAAUCAGCAAUUCAUAAUUGAGAAUUCAGUUCUUAUUGGAUUGCUUGGGCAACUGAAACUUGAGGCAGAAAAUCUUGCUACAGAGAAGAACUCACUGCACCAGGAGUUGAAGGUUCAGUUCGAGAAGUUCUCAGAAUUGGAGACUUCCCUUUUUAAUACAAAUGCUGAACUUGAAAUAUCAAGAGCAAAACUUAAGAGCUUAGAAAGUUCAUGCCUGCUGCUUGGUGAAGAGAAGUCUGGCCUGCUAACACAGAGAGAAGGUUUGAUAUCUGAGUUGAAUGUCAGUCAGAAAAGGCUGGAAGAUUUGGAGGAAAGAUAUCAGGGAUUAGAGGAAAAAUAUGUGGGUCUGGAGAAAGUGAGAGAAUCAACACUUUGUGAAGUAGAAGAGCUACAAAAGUCACUAGAUGCGGAAAAGCAAGAACAUGCUAGAUUUGUGAAGUCGAAUGAAGUCCGAGUCACUUCUAUGGAAUCUCAAAUCCAUUUUCUACAAGGAGAAAGUCUAUGCAGGAAGAAAGAAUAUGAGAAGGAACUGGACAAGGCCAUGAAUGCUCAUGUAGAAACCUUCAUUUUGCAGAGAUGUGCACAAGAUCUCGAAGUGAAGAAUUUAUCCCUAUUGCGUGAGUGUAGCAAACUCUUGGAAGCCUCCAGAUUAUCCAAAAAACUUAUCUCUGAGUUGGAGCUUGGAAAUUCCCAAAAACAGGUGGAGAUAGAAUCCUUAUCUGAUCAAAUCACUUUACUGAGGAUGGGGCUCUAUCAGAUGUUGAGGAUUCUUGGUUUUGAUGGUAUCCAUGGUUAUGAUGAUACAAUCAAACAAGAUCAAUCAGUACUUGACUGUAUAUCAGGCAGGCUCCAAAAGAUGCAAAAUUCACUUCUAAAGUCUCUGGACGAAAAUCAGCAGUUCAUAAUUGAGAAUUCAGUUCUUAUUGGAUUGCUUGGGCAACUGGAACUAGAGGCUGAAAAUCUUGCAACAGAAAAUAAUUCACUGCAUCAGGAGCUGAAGGUUCAGUCCGAGCAAUUUUCAGAAGUGAAGAAUCAUCUUUGUGAUGCAAAUGCUGAAGUUGAAGGUUUGAAGGAAAAAUUAAAGAGCUUAGAAAUUUCAUACCAGCUGCUUGGUGAUGAGAAGUUUGGUCUGCUAACACAGAGAGAAGGUUUGACUUCUGAGUUGAAUGUCAGCCAGAAAAGGCUGAAAGAUUUGGAAAAACGAUAUCAGGAAUUAGAAGAAAAAUAUGUGGGUUUGGAGAAAGAGAGAGAAUCAGCACUUCAUGGAGUACAAAAGCUACAAAAGUCAUUGGAUGCUGAAAUGGAAGAACAUGCUAGUUUUGUGAAGUUGAAUGAAACCCGAGUUACUUCUAUGGUAUCUCAGAUCCAUUUUCUACAAGGGGAACUUGACAAGGCCAUGGAUGCUCAUGUAGAAACCUUCGUUUUGCAGAGAUGUGCACGAGAUCUGGAAGAGAAUAAUUUAUCCCUAUUGCUUGAGUGUAGGAAGCUCUUGGAAGCGUUGAAAUUGUCUGAAAUACUUAUCUCUGAAUUGGAGCUAGGAAAUUCCAGAAAACAGAUGGAGAUAAAAUCCUUAUUUGAUCUAAUUACCAUCUUGAGGAUGGGGCUUAAUCAGAUGUUGAGGACUCUUGGGAUUGAUGCUAUCCAUAGUUAUGAUGACAUGAUCAAACAAGACCAAUCUGUUCUUGACUGUAUAUUUGGCAGACUCCAAAAGAUGCAAAAUUCACUUUUGAAGUCUCUGGAUGAAAAUCAGCAAAUCAUAAUUGAGAAUUCAGUUCUUAUUGGAUUGCUUGGGCAACUGAAGCUAGAGGCUGAAAAUCUUGCAACAGAAAAUAACUCACUGCAUCAGGAAUUGAAGGUUCAGUCUGAGCAGUUUUCAGAAGUGAAGAAUUAUCUUUGUGAUGCAAAUGCUGAAGUUGAAGGAUUGAGUACAAAAUUAAAGAGCUUAGAAAUUUCAUACCAGCUGCUUGGUGAUGAGAAGUCUGGUUUGCUAACACAGAGAGAAGGUUUGAUUUCUGAGUUGAAUAUCAGUCAGAAAAGGAUGGAAGAUUUGGAAAAUAGAUAUCAGGGAUUAGAAGAAAAGUAUGAGGUCCUGGAGAAAGAGAGAGAAUCAAUGCUUCAUGAAGUAGAAGAACUACAAAGGUCAUUAGAUGCUGAAAAGCAGCAACAUGCUAGUUUUGUGAAGUUGAAUGAAACCAGGGCUACUUCUAUGGAAUCUCAGAUCCAUUUCCUACAAGGAGAAAGUCUGCGCAUGAAAAAAGAAUACGAAGAGGAGCUAGAUAAGGCCAUGAAUGCUCAUGUAGAAACCUUCAUCUUGCAAAAAUGUGCACAAGAUCUGGAAGAGAAGAAUUUAUCCUUGGUGCUUGAGUGUAGGAACCUCUUGGAAGCCUCUAAAUUAUCAAAAGAACUUAUCUCAGAAUUGGAGCUUGGAAAUUCCAUAAAACAGACACAGAUAAAAGCCUUAUUUGAUCAAAUUUCUGUACUGAGGAUGGGGAUUUAUCAGAUGUUGAGGACUCUUGAAGUUGAUGCUAUCUGUGGUUAUGAUGAUACGAUCAAACAUGACCAAUCAGUUCUUGACUGUAUAUUUGGCAGGCUCCAAAAGAUGCAAAAUUCACUUCUAAUGUCUCUGGAUGAAAAUCAACAAUUCAUAAUUGAGAAUUCAGUUCUUAUUGUAAUUCUUAGGCAACUGAAACUAGAGGCUGAAAAUCUUGCAACUGAGAAUAGUUCACUACGUAUGGAGUCGAAGGUUCAGUGUGAGCAGAUUUCAGAACUUCAGAACAAAGCUGAAAAACUUGCAGAUAUGAAUGAAGAAUUGAGAUUAAAAGUGAUAGAGGGAGUUCAAAGAGAAGAAAGUUUGCGGACAGAAAUAGGGAGUGUUUGUGGGCAACUAUCAGAGUUGCAAAGGGCAUAUCAAAGUUCAAUUGAAGAGAACCACAAGGUGCUAGACGAGAAAAGGACUUUGAUGAAGGAAGUUUCAGAUUUGGGCAAGGAGAAACACAAUCUAGAAGAGGAAAAUUGUGCUGUCUUUGCCGAAGCAAUAUCUCAAAGUAACAUUGCUCUUAUUCUCAAGAACAUUAUUACUGAUAAUUUUGUGGAAAUAAAGCAUCUCAGUGCCAAUCUGGAUAAACUCAAAUGUUUCAAUGACGAUCUUGAGGGAAAACUGAGGAUAAUGGAGAUCAAGCUUGAAGAAACACAAAUGGUAAACUUACAUCUCAAGGAUACAGUGCAGAACUUGGAGAAUGGGCUAGUUUCAGUUAGAUCUGUUUGCAAUCAGUUAAAUGAUGAAGUUGUGAAGGGAAAGGAUCUAUUAUGCCUGAAGGAGAAGGAGUUUUUGGAAGCAGAGAAGAUGCUCAGUGCAACUCAAGAGGAGAGAAACCAACUGCAAAGGGCAUAUCAAAGUUCAGUUGAAGAGAACCACAAGGUGCUAGAUGAGAAAAGGACUUUGAUGAAGUUUGUUUCAGACUUGGGCAAGGAGAAACACAAUCUAGAAGAGGAAAACUGCGCUGUCUUUGCUGAAGCAGUAUCUCAAAGUAACAUUUCGUUUAUUCUCAAGGACAUUAUUACUGAUAAUUUUGUUGAAAUAAAGCAUCUCAUGGCCAAUCUGGAUAAACUCAAAUGUUCCAAUGAUGAUCUUGAGGGAAAACUGAGGAUAAUGGGGAUCAAGUUUGAAGAAACGCAAAUGGUAAACUCACAUCUCAAGGAUAAGGUGCAGAACUUGGAGAAUGAGCUAGUUUCAGUUAAAUCUGUUUGCAAUCAGUUAAAUGACGAAGUCGUGAAGGGAAAGGAUCUACUAUGCCAGAAGGAGAAUGAGCUUCUGGAAGCAGGGCAGCUGCUCAGUGCAACUCAAGAGGAGAGAACCCAACUGCAUGAAGUUGUGGAGGAUCUGAAGACUAAAUAUGUGGAAGUCAAGCUGAUAGGAGAAGAUCAAAAGAAGCAAAUUCUGAAACUCUCUGGAGACUAUGAUAUUCAAAACAAGGAGAUUGAAAGCAUUCGUCAGGCUAAUCAGAGUUUUGAGGCUGAGUUAUCAAAAUUGCAUGAAGAACUUGAAGAAUGGAAAUGUAGGGAAGAGAGUUUGUGUGUUGAACUACAAAAGGGAAGAAAUGAGGUUGAACUUUGGGAGACUCAAGCUACUGCAUUGUUUGAUGAGCUACAGAUUUCUACUGUCCGUGGAGCAUUGCUUGAGGAGAAGGCUUGUGAGCUCAGUGCAGAAUGUGAAGUCCUUGAAAGUAGAAGCAAGUCCAAUGCUAUGGAAGCAGAAGAGCUGGAAAAAAGUGUUAGAAUCUUGGAAUGUGAGAAUGGAGGACUUAAAGCUCAGUUGGCAGUAUAUGUUCCAGCUGUUGUUUCUCUCUCGGACAGUGUGACAUCUUUGGAGAGUCGAACUCUCUUGAAUCCUAAACUUACCACAGAUCAGAACCAAGUAAAGAACGCCACUCCGGGGACUGACUUGCAUGCUGAUAACUGUCAACAAACAAAUGAAGUUCAAAUUGCCACAGUUCCAGAUGGUUGUUCUGACUUGCAGGGUAUCAACAUGAGAAUUAAAGCUAUUGAAAAAGCAGUGUUGGAAAUGGAAAAGCUUGCAAUGACGGAAAACUUAAAUCUCAGUUCCAAACUAGAGACUGCUAUGAAGCAGAUUGAAGAUUUAAGAAAUGGAAGCAGCUCAGGUCAAGAAAAUGUUGGAGAAAAGAGGCAUGUGAAUGAUAAACAAGGACUGGAACAUGGCCAGGGACUCGGUAACAAUGUCAAAACGCAGAGACUAAUACCUGAAAUCAUUGAAGAGGACAAUGAGAUGAUGACAAAAGAUAUUAUGCUUGACCAGAUAUCUGAGUGCUCAUCUCAUGGGUUAAGCCGGAGAGAAACUUCAGAGGCUGAUGAUCAGAUGCUUGGGUUGUGGGAAGCCAGUGACCGUGAUGGUACAAUUGAUUUGAGUGGUGAUAAGGCCCAGAAGAUUGUCACGGGACCAUCUGACCAUCAACAAAUUGAUACAGUAAAGGUACACAAGGGCAGUCAGCACUCUACGAAAUCUCAUGUCAAGGAGUUGGGUGUAGAUAAAGAGAAAUCUAAGAGAUUUACAGAGCCAAACCAAGAAGAAAAGAAGAGGAAGAUUUUAGAAAGACUUGAUUCUGAUGCUCAAAAGUUGGCUAAUCUUCAGAUAACUGUGCAGGACCUGAAGAGGAAGGUAGAGAUAACUGAGAAGGGCAAAAAGGGGAAAGGAAUUGAGUAUGGUACGGUAAAAGAGCAGCUAGAAGAAGCUGAGGAAGCUAUCACGAAACUAUCUGAUUUUAAUCGCAAAUUGAUAGUGCAUGCUGGAGACCCUUCACGGUCCCUUCUUGAUGGGAAACCUGCAAUAGAUUCAGAUGGGAGCGGAAGUGGUAGGAGGCAGGGAAUAUCAGAACAAGCUCGAAAAGGGUCAGAAAAGAUUGGGCGCUUGCAGUUGGAGGUGCAGAAAAUUCAAUUUCUCUUAUUGAAGCUUGACGAUGAAAAAGAAAGUAGAGGUCGAACCAAAAUCACCGAACACAAAACAACUGUUUUAUUGCGAGACUAUCUUUACGGUGGUGUAAGAAACAUCAAGAAGAGGAAGAACUCACCCUUUUGUGCAUGCGUGCGACCCCAAACUAAAUGAGAUCGAGGCAAUUAAUCAUGGGCACAUAAUCAGUGUAGUUUACCAAUAAUGAGACUAGUUGCAUUGUCAAUAAAGUUCACCUUCCUAGUUUUGCAUUUCACAUAUUUAAUGUCUUAGAGAAGCUUUCAUCUUCUUUAGUUUCGAGAUCCUGCUGUAUAUUUCAGGCACAUCAAAGUGAAAAGAAGCUGCACUUUUAUAGCCUAAAAACUUCCUUUUAUUUAUAAAUUUACCUUGGUAUAAA